CCAAAGACAAACCGAGAAAGAAAAAUCAGAAAUUACACAAAACCUCCCUGCGCUUGAAGUGUUGUUCAAGAAAAACCAAUAACAAAGUCUGCUCCUUUUUUCACUCCACAGGUUCUCAGAGCAAAAACCUUCCCGCAACAUAGUUCGUUUCCUCGUUCUCUUCAGUCCCAGAAUGUCGAUCUUUGAGUAUAAUGGAAGUGCCCUAGUGGCAAUGGUGGGGAAGAACUGCUUUGCAAUUGCGAGUGACCGGAGACUUGGUGUGCAGCUGCAGACAAUCGCCACUGAUUUUCAAAGAAUAUUCAGAAUCCAUGAUAAGGUUUUCAUUGGCCUUUCCGGGCUGGGUACCGAUGUCCAAACACUGUAUCAACGGCUAGUGUUCCGUCACAAGUUAUAUCAGCUUAGAGAAGAGAGGGACAUGAAACCUGAGACUUUUGCCAGCCUUGUAUCUGCUCUUCUUUAUGAGAAAAGGUUUGGUCCAUACUUUUGCCAACCUGUAAUUGCUGGAUUAGGAGAUGAUGACAAGCCGUUUAUUUGUACAAUGGACUCUAUUGGAGCAAAGGAGCUUGCCAAAGAUUUUGUCGUUGCUGGUACUGCCUCAGAAUCUCUGUAUGGUGCAUGCGAGGCCAUGUUCAAGCCUGACAUGGAACCAGAAGAAUUGUUUGAGACCAUCUCGCAGGCCCUCAUAUCAUCAGUAGACCGUGAUUGCUUAAGUGGUUGGGGAGGACAUGUUUAUGUUGUUACACCAACUGAAGUGACAGAGAAGAUCUUGAAGGGAAGGAUGGACUAGACAACCUUUGUCAUUUAGAUUGUACUUGUUCAUUGCAUUCCCUGGUAGACAUUUAUGCCACCUUGUUUAUGUUUGAUGUUGUGUAUUCAAGUUAUCGGCAUUUGGCUGAGCACUUAGUUUAAACUUGUCGCUUAAUAUGCCUUCACCAGUAAUCAUAGUGAUGCAAUGACUUAUGAUUUGAUUCCCAGUUUUUGAAUUCAUUUGUUUUUCAAGGAAAUACAUUGAACUGGAAAUUUUA